UCAACAACGGCAUUUUGAGGAUGAGGAAGUGUGUGUUGUUGCCACAACACUGGGUCAAGGUUUCGAAACGAGGACCCGGAGCUUCUACAGCAUUUGUUCUAUUGACGCCGAUGACCUUGACCACGAGCACGUCCACAGCCAAAAACAAACAGCUGGAGCAACACCCUCACCGCACACAGCCGAAGAAGAAACAGCUGCUCUGCCCUGCAUGUCUGAGUCCUCAUUCCCCAGCCAAUCACACAGAGAUCAGACCGCAGACUGUGAGUGGAAAACAACUCGCCGGUCACAUGAUGACGAAGCGACUUCAGCCCAAUCAGGUUCUGCAGAUCAAUCGUCUACCGUCCCGCCACGGACGCACUCGGACAACUCACUCCCAGCACAGCAGACCGUCUCGCCUCGUCCGGUUGAACCCUCCACCAAUCACAUAAACAUGGAGGAGUCUCAGGAGUCCAAAGCACAAGGCUCCCAGCUUGAAGACAUGAACUGUCAGACAGCUGCUGAAGACACAGAUGAGUCCAAGGAGGACAUGUUGAUGACAUCACCCACUGAUAAAAAGGCAUCUGUUGAGGGAUCAGAGGUUAAAGUAUUAACAGAGGACAGUGUGCGUGUAUUGGAAGAGAGUGUGUGCUCGGGGAAUUACAUGGCAGCACAGGGAGACUUCAGUGCCACAGAGGGAAUAUUGGACAAAUUCCAGGGGGAGAAGUUGGAUCAGAGUGGGGAUUCUGGCUUCAAUCCUCUGCAGGAGUCUGAGCUGUUAAAAGAGCAUCAGACACAAAGCUCACAAUCAGCAACUGCCACUCGUCACCUGAAUCCUUCUAGUCACAGCCCCAGUCCUUUAAAGCUUGACUUCAAGCCGCUGCUUAAAGAGGAAGCUUCUCUGCCUCUGUCUGAGAUUGAGAUGGUUAAAUCGUCCCUGCAAAGUGAGGCCAUCCCUGUCACUUUCUGCCACAGCGAGGAUGUCCGUGACAGCAGCGCAACAGACACGACUUUAACAGAGGUGUCCUCAAUGUCAACCAUCUCUGCUGUAUCAUCAUUGCCCAUCGAGCUGACCGCCUUCUCCUGCCACACUACUCUGACUCCUCACUCAGAAGUAAAAAACACAUGUCAGCCCUGUGACGCCAUCACAUCUGACAAGUUAGAUUUCAAUUCAAAUUGUCCAACAUUGGAACUGAUGAGCACAAGGGCUCCUAGUCAGCAUGAUGACAAACAGCCCAACAUGAAACCAGAAGAUUCUGUAUUUCUUCCGAAGCAUGGCUCCGAUGAUCCUUUUCAGGACUCCCUCAUGAGCGGAGAUGACAGACAGGCAGUCAAAAAUCUGGAAAUAUGUCAAGAUAGCAAACAUGAUGUGAUAGGUGAUGUGAAAGUUGUUUUACCUGCAACGACUGGAAGCGCCUUUCAUCUUGAAACAAGGGAUGAACAUUGUGACAUGCUGUCAGAGCCCUGUAACGACUUCAUAUCUGUAAAUACAAACUUCCCUGUUCACAACCUCGAGGGCCUUGAGAGCAGAAUUGAGGAUUCAAGUCUCUCUCAGCCUCCUGCUACUGAAAGUGAGCUAUCUGUUUCUACUUCUUCUACUCCUCCUCCCCCUUAUUUGUCUCUGUGCACAUCAUCUGAGGAAUUUAAGCAAAGUGUUUUACCCGAAACUGAAGCUAAAAUCAUUCAGAGUGGAUGCAGACAAAUCCAAGUGCAGUUAAAUGCACCAGAGGAAAAAUGUAUGCAUGUACCGGUAUGUGAAGAAGGAGACACGACAGCUGCACUGGAGUCACAGACUUACCCGCCCCUUUCUGUGCCAAUCAAACAUGACUCUGCAGUUUCAGUAGAACAGCAGCUACAUACUCUUCCAACAGCCUCUGAAAACACAGCAUUAUUAAGCGCCAGUGUUUUCUCUGACAGUGUAAAUCCUCAUGUGGAUAUCAGCCCACAGAAUGAUACUGCUGACUGUUUACCUCAACCUGGAGAAUUAUCAGAUGGAGUUCACUCAGAGGAGAUGAAUGAGGAGAAGAUGUCACUGGGGAAGCAUCCUGUCAUCAGUGAAACUCAAAAUAUUUCAGUUACUGAUGAGACAUCUUCCCUAAAAUGUGAGGUCCAGGACGAUAGCAGCAUGCAUGACCUAUAUGUGGUUCUUAAUGACCGUAGUUGUCCAGAUGACAACAAUUCAGUUUUAAACUGCAAGGAGGACAACACCCGGAUAAAUGUGGACCCAGGUCAGAUUGAUGCUUUUGCCUCAACUCCAUCAUAUGAGAUUCACUUCCUGCGUCAAGAGCACACAACUUCUGAGGAGGGCGAGAGAGAAGGAGGGAUGAGGGAGAUGGUGUCUGAGUUGCUGGGAGAGGAUGCUGAUGCAUCCAUCUGCCGCCUCUAUCCCCAGCCCUGGAUCAAACUGGGUCUGGAGGAGAGCUGCGGAGGCUGGGCUCAGGGCCCGUCUGAGGCUGAUCUGGGUCAGGGUGAGGGUGAGACUAAGACGGAGUCGGAGCAGAUCCCGACCUUGGUGUCAGAGCUCCAGCCCUCUAUGGCUCUGCUGGGAGCGUACCCCUACAGCACUGUGAUGCCUCAGGGACCCUGUGUGUGGGACUGGCACACAGACUGCACCCAGUCUACACCUGUUGCUGCCCCGAGCCUUAACCCUGACGCUGAGGUAUGGACCAAUCACAACUUUAGCCUUGACAUCUCUGGCCCCACCUACCUGCAGACCCAGCAGCCAUGGCUGCAACUUCCUGAUGAUCUGACCAAUCAGGAAGGAUACAUGCCAGAGUUCCAGAUGGAGAAUGUUCUCCUGGCUGAGGGGGUAGUCGAGGCAGAUCCUGGCACACUAGAGUACCAGACGCUGACUGCAGAAGCUCCUGCAGUUAACGGAGAGCUGGGUGGACCUACUGUCAAAGAUGAGAUCAGACAAGAGCUUCAGAGCGUACUGGAGUCCUGCCUAACCAGGGAGAACCUUGGAAACGACUUGUACCUCAAUUCGCAAAUGGAUAGUGACCAGUAUGUUUCCAUAGCAACUCUGGCCAGCCUUGAUAAGAUCAAGACUUUAAGCACGGACUUGGACCUCAUCUCCGAAAUUCUGAAAACGCUGCCGCUGGUCCAGGUGGCUCCGUGUGGACAGAAGGUCCGUCCCCGUCAGAGUAGAUGCGUCGUCAUCCUGCGAGAGAUUCCAAAAAGCACACCUCAGGAGGAGGUCGAGGCUCUCUUUGAAGGGGGCAACCUGCCAAAGUUCCUGAGCUGUGAGUUUGUGAGCAACGAUAACUGGUUCGUCACUUUUAAAUCAGAAACAGAGGCUCAACAGGUCUACAAGUACCUCAGAGAAGAGGUCCGGGUGUUUCAAGGAAAGCCGAUCAUGGUCAGGAUCAAAGCCAAAGCCAUGGCUGUAACUUCUUUCGCACCAAAAAACGGUUUCAGGCCUCCGCAGCUGGACCAGUGUGGCACCCAAUACAGCUCCUUCUUUCCCCAAAGCACCUUCCAGCAGCCGUGCCACACCCACAUGCCAGCACAACAGCUGUACGACUUCACCAACGAGGUGUGGCCUACCGGAUACCAAGAAGGAGCUGAGUCUUCGGCUCUGAUAAAUGACUUCAUGAAUGGAUUAUCAGCAUCUUCCAUCUUCAAACCUCACAACCCACACAGGCAGAGGAGAGGCUCUAGGUGGUCAGGUUCCGGAGAACGUUGGCAGUCGUCCAGUCAGAAUGGUUCUUCCAACCAGUCAGAACAAGCACCGGCAGAGCGCUCGUUUUCUCCGACAAAGCGUGGUCGAGGACGGUCGAGGGGCAACACACGCAAUCCGAGCAGAGGUGGAAGGUCGGAGCUCAACAAGCCGGGUGUGUCAUCUGCCUCUGACCAGGGAAGGAGAGGAAACUUCAGCCAGAGGAGAAGAGAGAACGCGAGGACAUGGGACAAAUCUGCUGGAAACGAGCGUAAUGCAUCAAAUCAGUCGCCUCCACGUAAACCUCCGUCUCCUCCUCUGGAGCUCGGGCUGUCCAGCUUCCCUCCUCUCAAUCCUGCAAACACUGCCAUAGCAACGGUCCCUGCAGCUAAUGACAGCGUCAAGAGUCCAGCCAAAAGCAGCAGUGUGUGUCCCUCAGUGCCAGCAGAGCCAGCAGAGCCCAGCCCACUCUCACAACAGAAUGUGAAGGAGCAUGCAGAGACGACCAGUGAGGCCAAACCAGCCCGGCCUACACAGGAAGCAGUCACAGACUCCAAGAAGCCGAGCUACGCAGAGAUCUGCCAGAGAUCAUCAACCAAUGAUCCGGUGCCGCCCAAUGACCUCCCAUCUUCACAGACAGAGCAUACCCUGACCUAUCCAGGCCAAGUGUCCGGGCCAGCUCUGUGUCCUCUGUGAUCUUAUUGGUCGAAGCGAGAAACUUUUUUGAACCAAUUUUGUCCUUUUGGCCUCAUAAGCUGAGAAUGUGUUGUUUUACUGUCCUAAUUACACAAAGCAGCUGCCUUUUACUGUAACAAAUAACCUGUGUGUACAGAGAGAUGUUAUAUAACACACAGUGUAGCAAGAGUUUAGGGGAUUAUUACAUUCAGCACCAAACUUAACCUUAAAAUCAAUUAAAUUUAGGUCUAGAUUUAGAAACGUAGCCCUUUAAAAGCACUGCUGACAUUCACUGAAGCGGGUAGUGGUGAAAGAGAUCCGACUAAUGCUACUGUGGGUACGAAGUCUCUGACCACUCAGGAUGUUAAAACCAAUGUUUCAGGUUUUAGAAAGGCAGCUGUAGAGAAUCAGAAACUGUUGAUUUGCUACUUUAUUUCAGUUUUAUUUCUUGGUUUGUAGUUCAGAUCAGUUUAGAGCCGGGUUCCAUUUUGAUUUAGUCUUGUUUUGCUGAGGGCACUGGCACUUCUUUUUCUGCCGUCUGUGUGCGUUUGAUGUUAUUACGCUGUACAGGAUGUUCAGCAAUGAUUUUUCCACACACACCUCUGGGUUAUUCUUCAGUUCACACUGCUGCUGAGGACACACGUGAUGCUUUUUCUCUAAAUAUUAAUUCUACUCAGCCAGUUUGUUUCAGUUUUCAGAAUUUGGUUUGAAACAGACAUUAACUUCCACUUGAAAAGCACUGAAUAUUAAUACUUUAUCCUUGCAUGAUUUUUUUAUUUCAUUUUAAGAAUUUAAUUUAUGCCAUAUUUUUUAUUUCAUUUGAAAAGGAGUGCUUUAGUGUGUUUCAGGUUUAGUCUCACCUGUGUUGGAAAGAAGUCCAGUUGAUGUGCUACAGCUUCCAAAUUGAUCAGGUGUAGCAGUUAUUAAUUGUCCAUCAAGGAGCACUGUUUCAGCACUAAGAAGUUAAACUCUAUUUGAUAACUUGAAUUCGAUUGUAAUUAGCCUAAAGCUCUUUUGUUAAACAUAAAAUUUUAAAUGUUGUCAUGGAGAAAGAGCUGGCAUGGUUGUGGCACAUGUUACUUUGUCUGUACAGAUGUACAUAUUAUUGAACAAUUAUUAAAGAAGUGCCUUUAAAGUU